AUGUGGCGAUGCCAUUCUUUGCGGCCUCUGCGGCUGUGCCGUCCGCGCCUAGGGCCUGUUGGACGGCUGCGGCUCCCGAACACGCCGGGGCCAGGGCAGCCUCCAGGGGCUUACCUGCCGCUGCGGCUGCUGUCUUCGCAGGAUGUGGGGCUGGACAAGACUGCGGUGGCCGCAAAGGACAAAGAAGGCAAUACAUCAGUCUUCCUGCUGAUGCGAUCGCUUUGGCCGCGGGAAGCCUCGCACCAGGGCCGUAUCGGCUUUGCAGUGGUGGGGCUGGUGGCCGGCAAAGCAUUGGCCAUCUUGGCACCCCUGCAGCUCGGGCACUUGGUGGACGCACUGGGCUCUGGCAUCGAAGCUCUGCCUUUGGGGCUGCUGGCUGCGUAUGGCUUAGCCCGGCUCUCCACGAGUGCGUUCAAUGAGCUGCGCGCAGCGCUCUUCGCGACAGUUUCGCAGAGCAGCUGCAGGGCUCUUGCCAGGCGUAGCUUCGAGCAUCUGCAUCAUUUGGACACGAGUUUCCUGCUGUCUAGCAAGCCUGGUGCACUGAAUGUUGUGGUGAAUCGUGCCACAAAGUCGCUCACACAGGUGCUGAACAUGCUCCUUUUCAAUGUCAUGCCCAUAGCUGUCGAGUGUGCCAUGGCGUUGACGGUCAUGGCGUCGCUCGCAGGACCCGGCUGUGCCCUAGCGGCAUCUUCCACCAUCGCUUUGUACGUGGCUUUCACCACGAAGUUCUCCAAUCACAGGCGGGAGAUCAUGCGAAGAUCCAAUCGAGCAGAAGAGGAUGCAAGUGCAGUUUUCUUUGACUCCUUGGCGAACUGCGAGGUGGUGAAGUACUUCCGCGGUGAGGCACAAGAAAGCAGGAGGUACGACAAUGCUCUGGCCAGAUUUGAAGCAGAGCAGGUGGCCGUCUUGCACUCCUUGGCCAAGCUGAACUUCGGCCAGUCGGUGAUCGUUGUCGGAAGUUUCACUUCCAUACUGGCAUUGACGUCACUGCGGGUACUCAAUGGAGACCUUCCCGUUGGGGAUGUUGUGGCGAUUCAUGGAAUUCUGGCACAGUUGAUGCAGCCUCUGGGCAUACUGGGAGGUGUUUACCGGGUCACAACGCAAGGCUUUGUCGACUUGGGCAAGCUUGCAGCCUUCCUACAGCAGGAGCCAGCUGUGCCACCACCGCCUGGGGGUGGCGUGCCCUUCGAGUUCAAAGGAGGAGGCUUGGAGUUUCGAGAUGUCCACUACGCGUAUGCUCACAACACCGUCCUUGCAGGGGCUUCCCUGGCAGUGCCGGCUGGGACCAAGAUGGCCAUUGUUGGUCCGUCGGGAUCUGGAAAGAGCACGUUGCUGCGCUUGAUUUACCGAUUUGCAGAUCCACAGCAAGGGCAGGUGUUGAUGGAUGGUCAGGAUCUGAAAUUGCUUGAUCCACUCACCUUCCGACGUCACCUGGGCAUAGUUCCGCAGGACUGCUCCUUGUUCAACGACACGAUCAGUUUCAACAUCCGCUACGGGAGGCCCGAAGCCACAGAUGCCGAGGUCGAACGUGCUGCAGAUCUUGCGCAGAUCCAUCAGCAGAUUCGAUCUCUGCCUGAAGGGUUCGGAACACCCGUCGGGGAGCGUGGCAUGAAAUUGAGUGGCGGGGAGCGGCAGCGAAUUGGUAUUGCACGAUGCUUAUUGGCAGACCCGUCUGUUGUGCUGCUGGACGAGGCAACUUCUGCCCUCGAUGUCCGCACUGAGCGGGCGCUAGCAGCAGCCAUGGACGAGCUCAUGAAAGGACGCACUUGCCUGGUUGUGGCGCACCGGCUCGCGACUGUUCAGCGAUGUGAUGUCGUGGCCUUCCUCGAGGGUGGAGUCAUCCGCGAGCAAGGCCCUCACGAGGAACUUCUGCAAAGGAGCGAGAAGUACAGAAGAUUCUGGGAAGGAGUGCCUGCUGAAGCUUGA